AUGACUGCCUGUGGUGUCCCGAAACCAGGAGCCAUCAACAAACAAUUGAAACACUCCCUGGAGUUCAUGCUCAGUUAUUCUCAUGGAACCAGAGACAUCCCAGAGUUUGUGGCUGUUGCUUUGGUUGAUAAAGUUGAGAUAAUUUACUGUGACAGCACUGGACAAGCACCUGAGGCCACAAUGGACUGGAUGGAUAAAUUAUUCAAAAAGAAUCCUCAGCACUUGGCGUGGUACGCCGACAAAUGUCUGGGUAACCAGCACACCUUCAAAGCCACCAUAGAGAAUUUGAUGCAGCAUUUUAACCAAACUGAAGAUAUUCACAUUUUCCAGAGGAUGAAUGGCUGUGAAUGGGACGAUGAGACUGAUGAGGUCAGUGGUAAUCUUCAUUAUGGCUAUGAUGGAGAAGACCUCAUAUCAUUGGAUCUGGAGACAGAGACAUGGAUCGCUCCAAAACAACAGGCUGUUUUCACCAAACACGAGUGGGACACAGAUAGAUACAACAGUAUAUUUUGGAAGUAUGCCCUUAGACACGACUGCAUUGAGAACCUUAAGGAGUAUGUAAACUAUGGAAAGAGCUCUUUGCAGAAAACAGACCUUCCCUCAGUGUCUCUCCUCCAGAAGUCUCCCUCCUCUCCAGUCAGCUGCCACGCUACAGGUUUCUACCCUAACAGAGCCAUGAUGUUCUGGAGGAAAGAUGGAGAGGAGAUUCAUGAGGACGUGGACCACAGAGAGAUCCUCCCCAAUCAUGAUGGAUCCUUCCAGAUGAGUGUUGACCUGAACCUUUCAUCAGUCCCACCUGAAGACUGGAGGAGGUACGACUGUGUGUUUCAUCUCUCUGGUGUGAAGGAUGACAUCAUCACCAAACUGGACAAAGCAGUGAUCAGGACCAACUGGGAGAAGCCUUCUGACAUGACCAUUACCAUCCCUGCUGCAGUGGCUGUUCUUGCUGUCGUCCUCAUGGCUGCCACUGGAUUCACUGUUUACAGAAAGAAGAAAGCUGAAUGCCCUCCAUUUCCUCCCGACAACAGCUCUGAGCUCUCUGAGAAACUGAAUCCAGAGACCUGAUUUGCAGACACAUCCUGGGCACUGUGAAUUACUUCAAAUGGGAUGCAGAGCAGUAAAUGUUGUGACUUCAAUUACACUUUAAUGUACACGUUUAUGACACAUUAAAAAACUUAGUUUAUCUGCUUUGUCAGGAUUGUGUGGAUGUAGUUUCAUCAGAUUUGAUUUAUGUUGCUUUAUCCUGAUUGGUGUAUGUGACAUCGCCUUUUCCCCUUUGACCUCCACCUACUUCAUUACUUAUAGUGACAAGAUGAGCGAGGAAAUAAGUUUUUAGGGCCUUAAAGUUAAAUGAGGUAAUUUAGAGAAAAAAGCCCACAAGGCAUGGAUACUCAAAAACUUUUACAUCAAAUGACAUUUUUUUUGUUAUAUUGGGACACUUACAUUAUAAAAUUGUGAAGACAAAGGAUGAUACUUUCAAAACACGGUACAUAACUGAUCAGGGCUUCAGUGAGCUCCUGGACAGUCUGUGGCGGUAUUUGGCAGCGUCAGAUGCAGCGAUACAUAAUGUCCCAUACGUGCUCAAUUAGAUUUAGGUCAGGGGAAUGAGAGUGCCAGUCAAUGGCAUCAAUGCCUUCGUCAUUUAGGAACUGCCUACACACACUGGCCACAUGAGGACAGGCACUGUGCCGCACCAGGAGGAACCCAGGGACCUCACCACCACCACCAAGUCUUCACAGAUUCAUCAGCCUCAUCAGUCUUCAGUCUCAGAGUCAUCCGCCACUACCACCACCAGUGUCUGGACUCCAUGGGGCAUUUAUCUUGCUCUGCUCAGAUGCCGCUCCAUUGCACAUCUCCCUUGGUAGUCCAAGCACCAAAGACUUUUUAUCAAUUCAUAUUCAUUACAUCAUCUAUUAAUCUGUACACCUCCAAUCUGUAUUAAACAGUAAUCUUUAUCUCAUUCA